GUGAAGCCAUUUUGCCAGCACUAUCUUUGACCUAUGAACCCCCAGAGUGUGGCAGCGCUCCGCCAUAUUGACUGUUGUCUUGACUGGAGAAGAUAGGGAAACAUUUGUGAUCCUAGAACAAAUAAAAACCGUGCUUUUAAACAUCUCUAAACUAGUGCAACCGUGACCAAAGGAUAUAUCCGAUAUCUGCGUGAUGGCGAGGAAGAAAAGCAAACAACAUGGAGUCGCGAGCAAGGAGUUAGUGUCCGGACAACAGAGCAUAUCGAAGAGCCCCGUCUCUCCCGGAGAUGCAGCUGGCGGUGAUGCAGGGCUGGAUAGACUGGCGGCCAGGGCGAAUCAGCCGAGGCACACCUGCUGCCUCCUGUGUCACCGUGAGUUUAAGGACUGGGGGGCGAGCUCUGCCAACGGUCUGCCUGGGGGUCACGGGGCGAAGCUAGCUGACGCUGUCCCAGCCCUGUCCCAGGCCCUGCUCCGAGAGGUGCCGGGCCAGAAGCUGUCCGACACCGUGCCUUCGCUGAGCCAGUCUCUACUGGGAGAGGUUCCGCUCUGGAUCUGCCAGAGCUGCCGGAAGAGUGUUGAGGAAGAGGAGAGACAGAGCACCCAGGAAACGCCUGCACCGGUUCCGUUGUCCCACUCAUCGUUGUGUAAGGCUCAGAGUUGUGGGAAUGGUUACCCAGAGCAGAGCUCGGUAGACUGGGACCCAUCCUCCUUCCUCUCAGCCCACAAGCUUUCUGGUCUCUGGAAUUCAGCUCACAGCAACGGAGGGAUCCACUGCAACCACAGCACUGCCUCGCACGCACAGCAAGGAACAGGGGGACCAGCAUGUCACGAGAAGCGAGGCUCUCAUGAGGCUCCUGGGAAAUCUGCUAAAACGCCUGGGGCCAAAGUGUGCCCCUACAGUCACCCUUCCCAGAAUUCCAGUGGUUCUUCCCCCGGGAACCCGCUCUCUACCUCCGGGGACCUCUGUAAGACCACCCCAAAGCACUUCAAGACCAUGUGCCGACGACCAACACCGCCUGGGGAAGCAUUCCACCCCAGCGACCACCACCAACACUCAGACCUGUCUGUCCCCCCCAACAGCCCCACUGGCCUCUCAUCCUCCUCUCAGCAUUCCUCUCUCCUGCCCCUCAAGCAGAGCCCUGGAGGGCAGCAGCACGGCCAUGUCACAUCCUCCUCCUCUCCCGGUCUAGCUGCUCACGCCCCCUUCUCCCCGCUGGUACCAAACCUCCACGUCCCCUCGGCAGGGGCCAAGCUGGGGGCCCUGGGUGGCUCUGACUGCUCAGCAGGGGCCAAGCUGGGGGCCCUGGGUGGCCCUGACUGCCCAACAGGGGCCAAGCUGGGGGCCCUGAGUGGCCCUGACUGCUCAGCAGCGGCCCUCCAUAAGCCCUUGGCAUGUAAAAACUCACACAUUCCUCCUGUGAACGGCCAGCACAGCAAACUGGGCCCCUCCCUGAUGGGCUGUAACCACCCCUGUAAUGGCCACAGUGGGGGGGCGCUGCCCUCUUCCAACGUGGGACACCUGACCGCUGGGCAACACCUGACCGCUGGGCAACACCUGACCGCUGGGCAACACCUGACCGCUGGCGCCUGCAGGGACCAGGCGUGUAAAGGACAUAAGCUGUCUAACGGGGCGGGGGGGUUGUGUCACCCCCCUUCGGAGCUGGAGGAGGGAGAGGACGAGGACUCUAGUUCUGAGAGGAGCUCCUGUGCUUCCUCCUCAAACAACCAGAAGGAUGGGAAGUACUGUGACUGCUGCUACUGUGAGUUCUUCGGACACAACGCGGUAUGUAUAGUAGUGAUGGAGAAAAUACAUACAGCUACAUUACAGCCAUAUUAUACAGCUACACAUCAGCCAUA